AUGACCAGUGGUAUGGUGCUACUAGCAGUGCCAUGGUGCUACUGGCAGUGCCAUGGUGCUACUGGCAGUGCCAUGGUGCUACUGGCAGUGCCAUGGUGCUACUGGCAGUGCCAUGGUGCUACUGGCAGUGCCAUGGUGCUACUGGCAGUGCCAUGGUGCUACUGGCAGUGCCAUGGUGCUACUGGCAGUGCCAUGGUGCUACUGGCAGUGCCAAGGUGCUACUGGCAGUGCCAUGGUGCUACUGGCAGUGCCAUGGUGCUACUGGCAGUGCCAUGGUGCUACUGGCAGUGCCAUGGUGCUACUGGCAGUGCCAUGGUGCUACUGGCAGUGCCAUGGUGCUACUGGCAGUGCCAUGGUGCUACUGGCAGUGCCAUGGUGCUACUGGCAGUGCCAUGGUGCUACUGGCAGUGCCAUGGUGCUACUGGCAGUGCCAUGGUGCUACUGGCAGUGCCAUGGUGCUACUGGCAGUGCCAUGGUGCUACUGGCAGUGCCAUGGUGCUACUGGGAGUGCCAUGGUGCUACUGGCAGUGCCAUGGUGCUACUAGCAGUGCCAUGGUGCUACUGGCAGUGCCAUGGUACUACUGGCAGUGCCAUGGUGCUAUUGGCAGUGCCAUGGUGCUACUGGCAGUGCCAUGGUGCUACUGGCAGUGCCAUGGUGCUACUGGCAGUGCCAUGGUGCUACUGGCAGUGCCAAGGUGCUACUGGCAGUGCCAUGGUGCUACUGGCAGUGCCAUGGUGCUACUGGCAGUGCCAUGGUGCUACUGGCAGUGCCAUGGUGCUACUGGCAGUGCCAUGGUGCUACUGGCAGUGGCAUGGUGCUACUGGCAGUGCCAUGGUGCUACUGGCAGUGCCAUGGUGCUACUGGCAGUGCCAUGGUGCUACUGGCAGUGCCAUGGUGCUACUGGCAGUGCCAUGGUGCUACUGGCAGUGCCAUGGUGCUACUGGCAGUGCCAUGGUGCUACUGGCAGUGCCAUGGUGCUACUGGCAGUGCCAUGGUGCUACUGGCAGUGCCAUGGUGCUACUGGCAGUGCCAUGGUGCUACUGGCAGUGCCAUGGUGCUACUGGCAGUGCCAUGGUGCUACUGGCAGUGCCAUGGUGCUACUGGCAGUGCCAUGGUACUUGGGGCGCAACAGCUUGUCUGGCUCCAUCCCUGCGUUUCUCAGCAACAUCCGCGGCCUGAAGCAUCUGUGCGUCUUCUGCUCUUGCCGUCUCUCUUGCACCAUUUGCAAUCUCCACUGCAAUCUCCACUGCCCCAGCCCCCCCGUUUCACCGUCUGCAGAACCCCAAGUGUUCCUUGUGUCAUGUGUGUAUGCCCCCCCUUCCCACCCACCCCAACUCCGUCCCCGCACCAUUCUGCCACGGCCGUGUGUCAGCAUGCUGGAUUACAACGAGUUCACAGGGGAGAUACCCUACUUUCUCAGCGAUCUCACAAACCUAGAGGCGCUGGACGUGAGUCGCAACAGCCUCACGGGAAACAUCCCUGAAACCCUUGGCAACCUGCGUGAUCUGCGCUAUUUGGACAUGAGCCAAAACCAGCUGGGAGUGGAGGUGCCUGACUGGAUUGUGCAGAGUGGUGGAGUCACAGAGACUGCUACUUCGUUUGGUGUGCAAGGGAGAGUGAGGAUAGGAGGAAUGCAACUGUAUGGGCUUGAGAAGCUGGCAUGCAUUGUGGACGGCAACCAGCUGGUGGGGCAGCUGCCGUCACUGAAGCGCAUGGCAGCGCUCAAGGAAGUGGCUGCACGAGGCAACUUCAUCACGUCUGUAGCAGAGACACCUCCCGCAUGCCCCCCAUAUCGGCUGCUGCUGGAAACAAACUGCUUUGCAUUCAACCUCACCCUCUGUGGCACCCAGCAAGUCCAGAGGGAAGCUGGGUGGUGCAAGUGGUUCU